CAAUGGAAUAAUAGCCACUUAGCAAUAAUAGAGUAAUAACUAAUCUUACUUAACAAGUAGUAAAAUAUAGAAGAGGAUUAAUUAACCUAAAAAAGAGAAUUAACAUCAUAUGAGUCUUGUCUCGAUUGUUGUGGAAAUGUUUCUGGAUGUUUGAGAGUAUUACCAAACAUAUGAUCAUUUAAGGCUUGGCUCCCCUGUAUAUUUUGUUGUUGUGAAAAUCCAUUCUAUGCAGUCCAAUAGAGUUCUGUCGGAUUAGUUGAGAAAUUUGGAAAAUAUCACAGGAGUUUACCACCAGGUCUAAAUUAAAUCAACCCUUGUACGGUAAUUUAUUGUCAUAAUAUUGUAAAAGGAUAUUGUUAUACCAGUAGAUUUGAGGACUAGAGUAUUAGAUUUGGACAGAUAGAUUAUCUUAACAAAGGAUAACAUCUAAGUUAAUAUAGAUACUUGUAUGUACUUUAGAGUUAUUGGUACGUAACUGAUAUUCAAACAUACUCCAUAGAUCCAGUACGUGCAACUUAUAGAGUUUCAAGAUUGACAUAGUCUGUUAAAGAUAUGACAUAUGCAGCAUUGAGACAAGUUUGUGGAGAACACUAAUUACAAGAUCUCUUGGAACAUAGAGAAAUGGUUUAAGAUUCUAUUGAAGCUUACUUAGAUAAAUAAACAGAACAAUGGGGAAUUUAUGUUGAAGAAGUUUUCAUUAAGGAUAUGGUUUUAACUCCAUAAAUGUAAUCAGAUUUGGCAGCUGCAGCCAAAAAUAAAAGAAUUGCUUAAGCAAAAGUCAUUUCUGCAUAAGCUGAUGUUGAAAGUGCUAAAUUGAUGAAAGAAGCUGCCCAAGCCCUUGAUAGCAAGGCUGCUAUGUAGAUAAGAUUUUUAGAAACCCUUCAACUUUUAGCUAAAGGACCAUCAUAAAAAUUAAUGUUCCUUCCUCUAAGUCCAGAAUCUUAAGGAGCCCAUAAUGGAUGAG